CGCCUGUAAACUUUACAACUGACUUAACAAAACAAGGUUCUACAAAAUCCCUUUCUCUUUUAUGAUUCUGUCAAAACAUAAUGUCGCUAGCUAUUCAUGGGUUGCACAGAUGCCGCAUCAUAUUGAUGUCCAACUGAUGCUCAGUCUUUCUGAACUGGGGCUAAUGACAUUGCUAAAGUAGACAACCUUUGUAGAAAACUAAAUUGGCAUCAUUACGAUGUCAAGUUUACUUGAGAAAUGGCAGUGUUGGCAUCCUGAGCUAGCAAAGUUCGACAGAAAAAGCUAGCAAUGCUAACGUUAAGCUAACUAAAAUGUCGAUGCCCAGUCGUAGCUAGCUAGCUUAAGUUAUACUGCAUAUAAAGUAAAUCUGGCGACAUUACAAUGAUGACAAAAGCUUGUCCUACUAAUUAUUUUCCUCCUUUUUAAAAUGUCAUUGUGUUUCCAAGCCACGGUAAUGCACUUCAUACAAUAUCUUCAUCAACACCAAGAACACAUUAAAUAGAAUGCUCAGCUGGGCAUCAGUCGAAUCAAAGGAAUGUUCAAAACAAUAUCUUCAUUACGAAACGUGCAGCCCAGGAAUACAAUGAAACCACCUGUUAUGACGCGACAUUUGCCUGGUUAACUGUGUUCCAUUUGUUUUGAAUCUAAGCAACUGCAACAAUGCCGAAGAGAGGAAGAAAGAAGAAGAGGUCAACCCCUGUAACCAUCGAGAACGCCAGGAACAAUGAGACGACACAUGACUCGAUACGCCGUUACGCAGGAAAAAUUGUGGACUACAUUGCCCAGUCAACCACUGCUUUCUCUCAGGAAGAUGUUUCCGGUAUAGGCCUACAUAACAUCUUGGGGAAGACUGUAGAGGGCCUUCUCCAAAAAGUGUGCGGAGGGGUCUCAAGCAUCCUGAACAAGUAUUUGUAUGGGGCGGGGGUGUUGUCUGAUGCGGUGAUCCCAGUAAAUCUCUUGCCUGUAGCUUCAAAUGGAGACAAUCGGAAAAUGGAAAAAAGAUGGCAGGACUGCACUGAGGAAGACUGUGAACUGAUAAUUAUCCGACUGACGGGGACUGUAAUUAUCACCAUGUUGGAUAGUGUUAUGGAGAGUUGCAGGACGGACCCCACACACAGUUCAUUCUUAGAAGAACUGGGGCUCACCAUGGAAAUGGUAAAGGUCAUACGUGAAGUAGCAGAAUGUGCAGCGAACGCCACAAGUAAUGAUUUCAGUCAGUUCACAGUUGGAGGAGUUCCUCUCUUUCAGAGACCACUGAGCAAUCUCUCCUCUGGGCCGAGUCAACCAGCACCCCCCCAAAAUGCCUUGCCAACAUCCACUGUUCCCACACCUGUCUCAAAGGGGAGCUCAGACAGUCCCAGAUCCACUGACUCAGGGUCCUCACAAGUCAGGAAGCCAAGACAAUCAACAGAAGGAGUUCAGAGACUCUCCGAAAGGCAGCAGAAUCCAGGGGAGGAGAUCACGUCUCUAGUGAUUGAAACCAUUCUACGGUCAGUUGCGGAUUUAGCCAGGCAUGGACUUCUGCCAAGCUGCACCCAGUAGACUGGAUGCCCCCUUUUUAUGGAGGUGAUGCAGAAAACAAACAUGUGAAGCCAAUUCAUAAAAGCAUUAAUUAAACAAAUAUGUUGUUAAAAGCUGGCAGAGAAAGCCAUUAGGGAAGCUGUGCACACAGUUCUGACAGAUGGACGCCAUGGGGAGUUUUCAAGCCUAAGAAUAAUGGAGCUGAAAUGCAUUGAUAUGUCGAAGACACCUAAAGCCCAAUCAACCUUGGAGUCCAUUCAGCUGCCCAAAGACAGUGAUGACAGCUUGAAAUCAGGAUCCUGUGAAGACUCCCUGAUUGCUGAACCUCAUGCUGACCAAGUUGACACCAUCAAGGCAUCUAUGAACACUGAAAUCCACUCAGUGGUUACUAAGGCCACAGUGGUCUAUGCUAACCAACCUGAGGCACUGUCCAGUGAAGUGCUUCUGGGCACUGAAGGUAAUGGAUAUGUUGCUGACCAUGCUGUGGUGGGUUCUCUGACUCCAGACUGUGACCUGGCAUUGGUAGAAGGGCUGGACCCUGGGUGGCACACUGCCCUGGUACUGAUGGAGACCUUAGUGAAUCCUGGCAAUGACUCUGACCUGACUCUGUCUGACUCCAGUGAAGUGUCACUGAUCACUGACGACCUGCCAGUGGUGGACUCAGCUGUUGACUCCAGAGGGCAGCAGAGGGCAGAGGAUGACUUGCAAAGCACUGACCAGCUGCUAACGAGGUCCUGUGCAGACUGUGUGACCACAGAGAAGCACUAUACUGUACCGUUUGAGGACUCUUUGAACUCUGACAAGGAAAUCUCCCUCAACAUUAAAGACCAUGAUGACCGACCUGCAGUAGACUUUCGCAGAGAUUCUGUGAGCUCGUCUGACCAGUCUUUGUCCCUUGUUGCCACUGCUCUUGGAUCAAUAGUCACUAUUGACUCUUUCAAUAAGGCUCUGUUGUUUUCCAAUAUGUUGGACCAAGGCAAAGAUAACCCUAUUGACCAGCCUGUAGUGAAGUCUCAGACCACUGAAAAUCUAAUUAACCCCACUUUGGUGUCAGAGUCCAUUCAACCUCUCGUCAAUGAAAUCCUGGAAGAUAACAUUAUCUCAGCCCCUGAUGACAGAACUGUGUUCACUACAGACCCUGUAGGAUCACAUGAGAUUGUAAUAUUUAUAUCUAGAAUGCACUUAGGCAGUGUCAUCACCUGUCAUGAUGACCAGUUUUUGGAGUCAGACCGUGAGGAUGACAUGGUUGACCCUUUGUCUCACACCAGUCAUAGCCAUCAUCUGUGCGAGUCAGUCAUGAGGCCCAAAGGUCAAGUCCAACUCAGUGGACAUACUUGGUCACCCUCUUAUGAGACUGAUGACUGCCGUCGCUAUGCUCAAGACCACAACAUGAUGGAAUACAAAUUCAAAUACAGCUGGGACAUAAAGUCUGCAUGGGUUUCUGUGCCACACUACAUUCUGACGAGAGGGGAGAGUGUGACCAAUAGGAUGGAGGGAGAGAAGAAGUAUGGAGAAAAGGAAUGGGAGAAGUGCUCCUCACAGUGUGACAGGAACUCUCUGAUUGAGGUCAUAGAUGGAGAGGAAGGUCCUACAGGAAGAAAGUUAGAGCAUCAGAAGGCCAGAGACAGUGAGGAGAUGCGAAACAGUGAUGGAUAUGUGAAAAUGAGAGAGAUUGGUAAAAGAAAGGAAGUGGAGGUAGAGGUUACAAAAAUCUGUACCUCCGGUGAUGAAAUGUCCAUCAUGGUUCUGGAGAUACAAGGCAAUGCUAGGCCUAUGACAGACUCCCAGACUCCAUUGAAGGGCAAAGGAAAGCAACAACAUAGCCUUCCAUACAAGAGAACUGAAGGACUUCAAGAGGAGAUCAAUUCAAAGGGUGAAAUGCUUGAGGGUGGAAGACAAGUCAACUUCCCUGGGUGCCAGGCACAGAAACACAGAAGUCUGGGUGUGUUGGGUGAUGUUGCACGCUUCUGGAGAAAGGAGAAAAGAGUCCACAAGGCGAAAGACAGAGAGGAGAAGGACAGAGUGGGCCAGACAUGGCGAGACCAGGGAGGAAAUGGCAGGGAGCAAUGGAAUGGAGAGACAGAGAGGGGUGGAGUUGGUAGGAGUAGAAGAGCUAGACAGAGAGGAAACCAGUUGCUGCUUUUUUCUAGGCAAAAGCACAGCAACUGGAAUGGCUCGCAUCCAUCAGAGAGCAGCUGUGACUGGAGGAGCAGGGAGAAAGAGGUGCCUGAGAAACAUGUUGAGAGUAGGAUGGAUAGGCAGAGAGGGUUUGUGGGCGGGAAAACUAUUUGAUUAAUAUCCCUCUAUUCGCGCUUCAAUAUCCGGCAAAGUUGAACGGUGACGGUCAUUUCCACCUCCGACAGUUUCCGUGUGGGCACAAUCAAGACAACCGCUGUAAACAAACU